CGCGACGAUGACCCAUUCGCAGCGCGGUGGCCGAAUCCUCGUCCAGAAUUGCCAGGAUCUCAUCCGGCUUGCCAUGGUUGCCGUAAUGGCUUCAGAAGCAGCAGCCGCUGUGACAUCAUUGGGGUGGAAGUGUCAGAUGGGCACGAAGAGAAAAAGCCCGUUAUAAGAUCCGCACAGAUGGGUUCAACGUCUGUUCCACUGUUCCCACCACGUGUCGGUCUCAGCAGUUGAACGGGCGAUCCAAGUUGUUGCAAGCUAAAAUCAAUCCGUCGGGAUGCUGGGAAGGAAAUCCCUCCGCAUCAAUGGCGCCGAUUGCGGCGCCGAGGCCAUCAUCCUCGGGGCUAUCACCGCGAUAGGGGGCUUCCUCUUUGGCUAUGAUACCGGCCAAAUCUCGGGCAUGCUGCUGUUUCGCGACUUCAAGAACCGGUUUGGCCAGGAAGAUACUCCCGAGGGAAGAGACUUCAUCCCCAUCAUUGAGUCGCUGGUCGUGUCUUUGAUGAGCAUUGGGACACUCGUCGGCGCCCUUACUGCCUCCUACACGGCCGACUGGUGGGGCCGUAGAAAGAGUCUCAGCUUUGGUGUUGUCGUUUUCAUUAUCGGUUGCAUCAUCCAGCUCACAGCCACGAGCUCCUGGGUGCACCUCAUGAUGGGCCGUUUCGUCGCGGGCCUGGGCAUCGGCAACCUGUCGGUGGGCGUGCCCAUGUUCCAGUCCGAGUCCUCGCCACGCGAGAUUCGCGGCGCCGUCGUGGCCUCGUACCAACUCCUCAUCACCAUAGGCAUCCUUGUCGCCAACUGCGUCAACUACGGCGUGCGCCAGAUCGAAGACUCGGCCGCAUCGUGGCGCAUCGUUGUCGGCCUGGGCAUCGCCUUCUCCCUGCCGCUGGGGCUGGGCAUUCUGCUGGUGCCCGAGUCCCCGCGCUGGCUGGCGGCGCGGUCGCGGUGGGACGCCGCACGCACGUCCAUGGCACGGCUGCGCGGCAUGAAGAACAACCCGCACAACGACCUCGUCGAGGACGACAUGCGCGAGAUGCGCGAGAUCCUCGAGAAGGAGCGCGACGUUGGUCUCGGCACCUGGGCUGAGUGCUUCAUCCCGCGGCCCAACGGCGUGCCCAAGCAGGUUUACCGCACCGCGCUAGGCAUCUCGAUCCACUUCCUGCAGCAGUGGACGGGCGUCAACUACUUCUUCUACUACGGCGCCACCAUUUUCGAGUCGGCCGGCAUCGACGACCCGAUCCGCACGCAGCUGAUCCUGGGCGCCAUCAACGUGGGCUCGACCUUUGUCGGCCUGUACGUGGUCGAGCGCUUUGGCCGGCGCAUCCCGCUGCUGGUUGGCGCGCUCUGGCAGGCCGCCUGGCUGGCCGUCUUCUCGUCGAUGGGCACCGCCCUGAACCCUGAGGACAAUCAGACGUCGGGUAUCGUCAUGAUCGUGUCGGCAGCCAUGUUCAUCGCCUCCUUCGCCAUCACCUGGGGCCCCAUCUGCUGGGUCGUCAUCGGAGAGACCUUUCCCCUGCGCACGCGCGCGAAGCAAGCCUCGUUAGCAACGGCAGGCAACUGGUUAGGCAACUUCCUAAUCUCCUUUCUAACCCCCCUCGCCACGGCCGGAAUCUCCUACGCCUACGGCUUCGUCUUCGUCGCAACCAACCUCGUCGCCUUUGUCAUAGUCUACUUCUUCCUCUACGAAUCCCGCGCCCUCUCCCUCGAGAACGUCGACGCCAUGUACUCCCAACCUCAACUCAAACCCCGGACGUCCGCCAAGUGGGUGCCCGAGGGUUACCUCACGCGCCUGCAGCGCGACGAGGCCUACUACUCUCAGCGCCGCCAUUACCAUGCCUACUCAGGAGGAGGAAAUGGUGAUGAUCUGUUGGACGAUCGGACGACGGCCGUGCCGAGCGGACGGCCCAGCAGGGCUACGGCUGUCGAUGGCGAGCUGGAGAAAAAGGACAGCGGCAAUGGGCUUGUUGGGCGCGAGAGUCGUGAGGAGAGGGUGGAUCGGGCUGUGUAAUGCACAGGAAGGCUAUGUAAGACUAAGAGGUACGGAUUGGUUGGAUACUAAUGGCAAGUGUACAUGUACAAUACAUUAUGGGAAAAGUAGGGGUCCCACGCUAUGAGUUAUGAGGAAGCGGAUGCGUGGAGUUCAGGACGGGCUUUGGUGUACAUUACAUCUCUGGGCUGUAUCAAAUUUUCUUCAC